UGACAUUACCUUGCCUUUUGAUGACAAGAUAGAAAACUUUUCAAUAGAGUCAGCACGAAAGCAUCAUGACUUUCUGCUUAGGGUGCAAGAACACAAGAAAGAAAUGGAAGUACUAGUGGAGAAGCUAAUUUUAUGUGAAAAAAGCCUGGAUACCGAUGAUGUUGGGAUCGAGGAGGAUGAAGAGAAAGAUGCCGAAAAUGAAGCUGGAGAGAAUCAACAAUUCCAAAAAGUAGAUGAAAAGUUUCAAAAGGUUGUAGAUAAGUUGAGUGCCAAGAUAUGGAGUGAACAUCAGUCAAGUGAUCCAGAUGAUUUGAGCAGACUUGUCCAGUAUAUGCAACUAAAUAGAGAUUCAUGGGAAAAAGCAGCUAAGCACCAUGGGAGUACCAUUUUGCACCACACCAUAGAAGAAGAUAACUUAACACUUAUAAAAACUUUACUAAAUGUGGGAGUAAAUCCCAAUGUGAAGGAAAAAUGA